UCCGGGUGGGUGUUGAUUUGUCAAGAAUAAAGCGAACAACAAAAUUGUAACGUUGCAACUUUAAUUGUGAAUAAACAAAUUUAUACAUUAUUGCGUUUGCGGCAAAAUUGCAGUCAUGCAGGGAAUUGAGAAAUUACCGAUAGAAGAAACUCUGGAAGACAGUCCGCAGACGCGCUCACUGCUCGGUGUGUUCGAGGAGGAUGCAGUGGCAGUUUCCAGUUAUUUCAGUCAGCUCUUCACAGCUAUGCAGAGAAUCUAUGACACUCAGAACGAAUUGAGCGCAGCCACUCAUUUGACAUCUAAGCUACUGAAGGACUAUGAGAAACAGCAUUUUCCACUUUGGAGCGACGAUGAGGUCAUGAGUUCAACUCUGCAGCAGUUUGCCAAAGUCAUUGACGAGCUCAGCUCCUGUCACGCAGUUCUCUCCACUCAGCUCGCAGACGCCAUGAUGUUUCCCAUAACACAGUUUAAAGAGAGAGACUUGAAAGAAAUUCUCACCCUGAAGGAAGUGUUUCAAAUUGCAAGUGAUGAUCAUGACGUGGCCAUCAACAGAUAUAGUCGUCUGUCUAAACGGAAAGAAAAUGAGAAGGUAAAGACUGAAGUUAUGGAAGAUGUUUACACCUCUAGGAAAAAGCAACACCAGAUCAUGAUGCACUACUUCACUGCCCUGAACACACUCCAGUAUAAGAAGAAGACUGCACUGUUGGAGCCGUUAUUGGGGUACAUGCAGGCACAGAUCAGUUUUUUCAAACUGGGAUCAGAGAAUUUGACACAGCAAUGGGACGAUUUUCUCACUAACAUUGGAACCAGUGUUCAGAAUGUUCGCAGGGAAAUGGACAGUGAAUUGGAAACCAUGCAGCAAACGAUUCAAGACUUGGAGCAAGUCAGUGACCCACAAUACAUGCCCGACCCUGACCUGAACAAAAUCCCUGUCAACCGAAACCUGACCCGCAGGGCCGGCUACCUCAACAUUCGCAAUAAAACAGGUCUGGUGUCAUCUACCUGGGAUCGUCAGUACUUCUUCACACAGGGUGGAAAUCUCAUGAGCCAAUCACGUGGAGAUGUGGCCGGGGGUCUCGUUAUGGACAUCGAUAACUGCUCCGUCAUGGCGGUGGACUGCGAAGAUCGACGAUUCUGCUUUCAAAUCACAUCGUUUGAUGGCAAAAAGGUGGCUAUAUUACAAGCGGAGAGCAGGAAAGACUGUGAUGAGUGGAUUGCAACAAUAAACAACAUCUCCAAGAGGAUUUACCUCAGUGAGAACCCAGAAGAAAUCGCAGCCAGAGUGAAUCAGUCGGUUCUUGAAGCUGUGACGCCUUCACCCUCCUUUCAACAGCGACACGAGAGUUUCAGACCGAAUACGCAAGGUCAAACCAAAACGUCGCGAUCAGGCAGUCAUUGUUCCGCGGGGUCAGAGUCUCCGGCACUGUCUUCUCUCUCUGUGGAUUCGCUGGUGGCUCUGGACACACCCAUCCAGUUUGACAUCAUCUUACCCAUCAGCGAGGAACACACGAGUCAGACGAAGAGUGCCAGUCAGGGAAGAAGAACUAACCCAAUUGGGGAGUCUGGAGGGUCACAACCUGAAGAGAGUGAAGACUCAAUCCUGCGUCAGCUCUUCAUCGUGCGGUUCUUGGGCUCGAUGGAGGUGAAGACCACAGAGAACGCUGACGUCAUCUACGAGACCAUGAGACAGAUCCUGGCAGCUCGAGCCAUCCACAACAUCUUCAGAAUGACUGAGUCUCAUCUGCUCGUCACCUGUGAAUGCCUCAAGCUUAUUGAUCCACAGACACAGGUCACAAGACUACGGUUUGCUCUCUCCAGCGUUGUGCUGUGUGCAUCUCAUCAAGAGAACAAACGUUUGUUUGGUUUCGUGCUGCAGACAGCAGGACGUCGAGUCGAUGGUCACCCUGUUACCGUCUGCUAUGUCUUUGAGUCAAACAAUGAUGGAGAGAAGAUCUGUGACAGCGUUGGGUUGGCAAAGCAGAUCGCCCUUCACUCUGAGACUGACCGCAAAGCCACACAGAAACAGAGAGAGAUGGACAAAGCUAAGGAGAAACAACAGGAGGAACUGAAUAAACAGAAACUAAUCGAAAAGGAUCUUGAGGAACAAAGCCGUUUAAUAGCGGCUUCGAGCCGGCCAAACGCACCCGCUGCUGAUGGACAGUUCUUAGUCCUUAGCAACAGCCAAUUAGAGGACAGCGAUGCAGGAGAGGAGGGGCAGAAAAAGGGCGAAUCUGAUGCCUGACCGUACGGUGAUAACAAAAGUCCUACACUUUAGUUCUUCAAGGGUUCUCCACUGUUGCCUGCAGGAUCAAAGAAAUCAACCUGGAAAUAAAUGAAUUAAAAAAAUUAAUUGACACAUAUGUGGACAUUUCGGGAAAGCCUCCCAAACGUUGUGUUAUUUGUAAGAAUCAUGUAUUUUCUACAAUAUCUGUUGCUGAAUUUGCUUUUAAAGGGUUUUUAUGUAUGUAUGUAUGUGUGUGAAUGAAUCUACUACUAUGACAUACUAAAACCCACAGAGACAUAAAGUGACAUUUGUUGCCUUAUUUUGACAAAAUUGCACGUGUGAAUAACAGAUUUGUAAAAGACAUUAUUAAUACAGUAUGUAAGGCUUUGUUAUCUGUUCUCGCUGUAUUUUAAGACCGCAUGUGUUUUUGUUCAUUUUACUUUAACAGUGAAUUCUAUUAGGGUGAGUCUCACAAAACCUGUCAAGAACAGAUCUAUGUCAAAUUUAAUCCUGAAAUCAAAAGAAACUAAUAAGAAAUUAUAGCCUAUUUUACAUAAAGAAAAUGAAAAGAAAAAAAAAGUAUGUCAGUUAAGCACACCCCCCCCCCCCAUAUUCUCAUUACUGUAGUGCAUUUAGAUGUUUUACUUCUAAUUUUGUUCUUUAUUCUCAUUAUUAUCCAAUUUGAUAAUCAGUGAUGAUUCUCAUUACUGUAAUACAGUAAAUUGUCAAAAGAAAUCAGGCAGUACAGCAAACACCACCAUGAUGUCUUAAUAUUUUACCAAUAAAAUUAGAUAACAUACAUUUUUUCAUAAUUGUACGCAAUCGGGAAUAGUUGGGAAUUAGAUUUGCAGUUCCAAAAUCGCCUUCUUUAUGCACAUUCCUUUCCUUUUUUUCUGUUUUGGGAAACUCUUUACAGGUUUUUUGAGAUUUCAUGCAGGGGUUCAAAAUGAUUGGAUAAGGUUCAGUUUUGUUGUUGCAGUUACGGUUAUAUGGUUCAGUUUUGUUCUUUCAGUAACACGUCGCAAAUUAUGUUUCAUAAUGUUCUACAUCUACAAUCAUGUAUCUGUUUGUAAAUGGAACUUCACUCUACAGACUUAGUCACUGUGUUUUUAUUUUCUUAAUUAUUCCCUCUGAAUUUAAAACACUAAGACAAAUUAUUGGUUUCUUGCCUGACAUCAUGUGAUCAUGUGAUUUCUUCUUUUUUUUUUUUUUUUUUUUUUUUUUUUGUAUUUUCUUUACAUAACCCAUAUAUAUUGACAACUGCAUUUCCCUAGUAAGUGUUCACAUCUGCACAUAUUUGGCCAAUAUGUUGAAAUAUAUAAUAUAAGCUUCGACCGAAGUAAAAUAUUUAGCUGGAGAAAAAAAAACUGGUGAUGGAAUAUCAAAAUAAAAUUUCCAUUGGGUUGAGGACUUCUGUAGAUUUUGCAUUUGAAAAUGACUACAAAGUUACAGAAUGAAAUAUCUGCUCAUUGAUUGCUUUGGUUUAUUUGAAAUAAAACUGAUGAAGUAGUUAUACUAUUCCCUUUUAUUGUUUAUUUGAACACAAUCUUUACAGCUCAAAUUCUGUUGCAUUUACAAGCCUUUAAAGAUAUGUCUGUGUUGUGUGUAAAUGACUUGUUCAUAAUUUAUGGGGUUAAAUGAAGAUUAAGGUAUUAAAAAUAUGUUUUAAAUGAA